AUGAAAUUUAUAUUGUGUGCUUCGAGUUCUGAAGAAUUGUUGGAGCACAAUAUCAUACGAGGAAAGUUGUUUCAAAAUGAACGCAUGUUUGAGGUUGAAUUUGCUCAGGGCCGCGAUAUACCACCAGACUAUCUAAUAAAAAUUGAGAAAAUUCUGCAGGGUUGGCUUGAUUCUUGCGACAAGACUUUGACUUAUGUUGAGAAUCAGGUUGAGGCUGCCAAUAAUGAAAAGGCAAAAUGUUUGCAAAACAAGCUCCGCGUUGAAAAAGAGAUUACAAAUAUGCGAAAGACUAUUAAAGCACAAAUAAUAGAACACGAUGAAGCUAUGUCGAUUGAGACGCACGAUAAUACAAGUUCAACCUCUCAGGACGCACGUCGUAAACCAUGUAGACCAAAAUCUAAUCGCACUGGUUCCGUGAAGUACCCAAAGUAAAUACGUUCAGUACAAUAUUUCGCUUUAUACAUUAUAGUUUUUCGCGUGCUUAUCAAAUGUCAACAUCAUCAAAACCAUACCAAAUAAGAAAAAAAAUACAAUAUAAUAAAAACAUAAAAUGAAAGAAAUUUUGCAGCUUAAACACGCGUCAUCUGCAUUCAACAUUGAGUUUCAGCACUUGACUUUCAAUUAUAAAGCCAACAGCGGUAUUGUUCGUCCUUACAUCCUUGUGAAAAAUUCAGCUUCACUUAAUUUUUAAAAUUUGGUUUUUAU